UCUCCCGGGGUCUCCGGCUCCUCCCACACCUUCCGCAGGUAGUCGCCCCGCCUAUCGCUUUACCUCUGAGGAGUAGGCGGUAACAGACAGGAAGAAACGGCGUGCGAAACCUGCAGCGGCUCCACCCGCAGAGUUCAAGCUGCUCCAGUUUGGGGCUCCUUAGCACAGUUAAAGAGCUUCCACUUCUCACAGUGAAGAUGGCAUUCAAUGAACAGAGCAACAAUGAUGACCAGCUAGACAGCCGUCUAAAGAGCCUCAGGCCUCCAAGUCUUGUCCUGCAGUUGCCACCCCAUGAAGAUGCUGAAGAGAAUAGCAACAAGAAGGCAGAGAUCCCAAGGUCUUCAUUCCGGAAGAGUUUGAUCCGUCAGGAGAUGGGUGAGCCAGUGAUGAGUGAGAGUGGGCAGGAGCGACGUUCUACCUUUCGUCGUCAGGCCUCCCUUUCUAAGAGCAUUCGUAGAGGAACAGCGCAAUGGUUUGGUGUUAGUACUGAAUGUGAGGACAAACAACAAGAGUGGCAUCGCAAAAGCUUGAGGCACUGUAGUCAACGAUACGGUCCUCUCAAGGCCCAGUACCGAGAGACAGAGUUGCCAAGCCAGGAUGGGCAAUCAUUUCAAGCCCUUGAAUCUCCAGUGCCUAGUCGGAUGCCCAAGAUUGUGGACCCUCUGGCCCGUGGCAGAGCCUUUCGAUAUCCUGAUGACACAGACCAACCAAGAACACCCCACCCAGUUCAUCCACCCCUUACUCCUGGAAUGGCUUCACUCAGUUCAUUCACCAGUGUCCGUUCUGGGGUAAUGCGCCUGCCUUGUCGAAAGCGUGAGUCCGUGGCCAAGAUGAGCUUCCGUGCAGCAGCGGCUCUUAUAAAGGGGCGCCCAAUACUGCCUAGUCCUGUGCCACAAUGGAAAUGUUCUCGACGUAGCUUUGUGAGGCCAAGCUGGCAAGAGGAUGAAAUGGUAGAUGGCACCGACACUUUAGACUCUUCCUUUUUCAGUAAGAUGGACAUACAUGAAGAAAUGUACUCCAUGCCCGAUGAUGUUUUUGAGUCCCCACCACUGUCUGCUAGUGGCGUGCCUGCUCCACCUCCACAUUUUGGGUUAGAGCCCCAGACCACCCACAAGAAAGAAGUUAUACAGCUUCCUUCGCUGGGGACAGCGGGACCCCGGCGGGGUCGUCGUAUUGCUUCACAAGUGAAACACUUUGCAUUUGACAAGAAAAAGCGGCAGUAUGGGCUGGGUGUCGUAGGAAAGUGGCUGGACCGCACAUAUCGCCGCAGCCUGAGCAGCACAGUGCAAAAGCAGUUAGAGGAUGUUCAUAGCCACAGGCCUUACUUCACCUACUGGUUGACCUUUGUUCACAUAGUGAUAACCAUUUUGUCGAUCAGUACUUAUGGUUUUGCUCCCAUUGGAUUCGCUCAGCAUUCCACUACAGAGCUGGUUUUGCGAAACAAAGGUAUUUAUGAAAGCAUCAAGUACACCCAGCAAGAGAACUUCUGGUUAGGACCUGGCUCGGAUGCCUUAAUUCACCUUGGAGCAAAGUUCUCUCCUUGUAUUCGGAGGGAUGAACAAAUUGGUCUCUACAUAGAAAAGGCCAGGGAAAGGGAGCGUUUUUCAGGCUGCUGCAUCCAAAAUGACAACUCUGGCUGUGUGCAGACUCGGCGUCAGGACUGUUCGGAAACUCUGGCCACCUUUGUAAGAUGGACCAACAACUCUGGCAAUCUGAAUAAUGCAGACACUAGACCAUCCUCUGUAGUCUGCCAUCAGGACCCUAGGACUUGUGAAGAGCCAGCUUCUGCACCCCCUCAUGUCUGGCCAGAUGAUAUCACACAGUGGCCGAUCUGUACUCUUCAACCCAAAAAAAGCAUCACUGGCUUUAAGCACAUGGACUGUGUCAUCAAAGGUCGACCCUGUUGUAUUGGGACUAAGGGCAGGUGUGAAAUUAGCACUCGGGAGUACUGCAAGUUCAUGCAUGGCUACUUCCAUGAGGAGGCAACUCUCUGUUCUCAGGUCCAUUGUCUAGAUGAAGUGUGUGGACUGCUGCCCUUCCUCAAUCCUCAGUAUCCUGACCAGUUUUACCGACUCUGGCUCUCAUUGUUCCUACAUGCCGGGAUUAUCCACUGCCUGGUGUCUGUGGUCUUUCAGAUGACUGUUCUACGAGACCUGGAGAAACUGGCCGGUUGGUUGCGCAUAUCGAUUAUCUUCAUUCUGAGUGGUAUCACUGGAAACUUGGCGAGUGCGUUGUUUCUCCCAUAUCGGGCUGAGGUUGGCCCUGCUGGUUCCCAGUUUGGAAUUCUUGCCUGUUUGUUUGUUGAGCUAUUCCAGAGCUGGCAGAUCCUCGAGCAACCCUGGACAGCCUUUUGUAAGCUACUGAGCUUAGUGCUCAUCCUGUUCCUGUGUGGCCUUCUGCCUUGGAUUGAUAACAUUGCCCAUAUCUUCGGAUUCCUCAGCGGCCUCCUUCUGUCCUUUGCGUUUCUGCCGUAUAUCACCUUUGGCACGUCAGACAAGAUGCGAAAACACGCCAUGAUAAUAGUUUCGCUGCUAGCAUUCUUAGGCCUUUUGGGUUCCCUCAUUGUCUGGUUUUAUGUCUAUCCUAUUAACUGGCACUGGCUAGAAUACCUCACUUGCAUCCCAUUCACCAAAGAUUUUUGCGAGAGGUAUGACCUUGACCACGUGGUACACUUGACUCCCUGAGGGUAGCAGGCAUCCUGAUUUUUACCUCAGGCCUUGUCCUCCCUGGAAAAGCAGUCUCCUUGGCUUGUAGAAAGGACACGGUCUGCAGGGCACCAUCUUAAUGUGACUACCUGAUUACCUUCCCCUAAUUCACCUUACUCUCACCCAUCACUGUCGACUCACUGCCUAGUUACAUUUCAGAUUAUUUUAGCUCAUUUGCAUUUAUUUAUUUUUGCCUUUUGUGUGCGUAAGACAGAAAGAGAGAAGGAAAGAAUGGUCAUUCAGAGGCUGUAAACUCACAAAUGCAGUGCCAACUUCAGGUUCUAGUUAGUCUACACCUGUACACUCCACUAUUUGGAGAUUCAUGCAUUUUAUGAGGCAGGCUAUCUGGAAUCCUGUGUAUUUUCUCAAUAUCUUUCAUACUACUACUACAGAGGUUAUUUUUGUUAUAAGUUUGAAUAAAAUACUGUAACUGUG